GCAACCGAAAUCUCUUCCGUAUUCAAACAACAUCAGUGAAAACAUGGACGUGGAGAGUAGUAUUUGUCAGGGAAACGAGGAUUCUGGUCCCAGUGAGUCCGGCAUUAAGAUCCCGGACAGGAUGCUUAAACGAGAACAGGAUAGGCUUGAGGACGUGGAGAGAAAGAAAGAAGCGAAAAAUAGCCAGUCUGUCACGGAGGAGAAGAGUGGGUUCUUCACCGCGACGUUCAGUAGUGAAAGGGCAACUAUCGAGGAGUUACUGGAGGGCUGCUCGGGGGCUACUGACCGCGCCCUGGCCACUCAAACCUUGGAGAAAGUGACUACUAAAACACAGUUCCUCCAGAAGUUUCUAAACGAUAGCAUGGUGUUUUUACCGCAGUACGAGCUGAGACAGGCCCAGGCGGCGCUCCAGAAACUACAGAACUCUCUGGCUGAGAAGAGAGACGAGAUUCUCCCCAAGAAGAAGUUCGCCUUUAGGUCGCGCGCAGCAAAUACACCCAAAGUAGACCCACCAGCUCCACCUGUAACACCUAAGGAUUCUGGCCGAACUAAAGUGGACGGAGCCAUAAGCCCCCCAGAGCAGUGUGGCUUCUCCCACUUUGAGGCCCAGGUGCUGACCAAGUCUGGGGCGGAGAUUAAACAACAGGAUGUUCUACUGACCCACCUGACCAACUGCAAGGUCAGACUCCUGGGCUCCCCCAGCACCAUCCACAUCAAACACGUCCAGAACUGUGAAAUCUUCUCUGGGCCAGUAUCCAGCUCUGUGUUUGUGGACCACUGCACCGGCAGCACCCUCUCCUUCCCAUGCCAGCAACUACGGACUCAUCACACCACCGACACACAGGUCUAUCUGCAUGUCACCAGCCGCGCCAUCAUAGAGGACUGCCAAGGGGUGCGCUUUGCCCCUUUUGCCUGGUCCUACCUGGGUCUGGACCAGGACUUCAAGGUGUCUGGUCUGGACCGGGAGAGGAACAACUGGAACCAGGUGGAUGAUUUUAACUGGCUGGCCUUAGGUACCCAAUCUCCUAACUGGUCUGUCAUUCCAGAAACUGAGAGAAGAACAGAGUGGGACUCCUAGAGACAUUAGUAUACAAAGAGCCUGUAAACAAAUGAAGCUCUUAUUUUCAUUCAGCCCUGAUGUGACACAGCCUUACUUGACUUUGCUUUUCAUGCUAAUGAGUUCCAUAGUACAGUUGUUCCAUAGAUGUCCUGACAGGAUUACCCAUUAAAUAUUGGGUAAUAUUCAGUAGCGUGCUGCCUGAAAUCUUUAUUUCUUCACAGGGAGGAAAAAGUUGCUGCAUUUGUUUUCUCAUGACUAUACGAUGAGCAAUAAACAGAAUGUCAACCACGUACUGUAACACCGCUUAUUACCUGUUUAUUUAAUCAGGAAGAACAAUCUUAGUCCUUAAAUGCUGUCUUAUGUUUACAAACAGCACUUCUGUCAUUCUCCCAUCUAUAAAGCACUAAAUACCUCUUCUUCUGACUAGGUGGUCUGGAGUAAAUACUAGAUGUGAAUAAAGGGUUUGGCUGACGUCAACCAAUCUGUC